AUGGUUUACACACACUCACCAAAAGAGCCUAUCGCGAUCAUUGGAAGCGGCUGUCGCUUUCCCGGUGAUUCCACAUCUCCCUCAAAGUUAUGGGACUUGCUCUACUCGCCGCGGGAUCUCACGAGAGAGGUUCCCUCGGAAUCGCGAUUCAACGCCAAGGGGUUUUACAACGUCGAUGGUGAACAUCAUGGAGCUAGUAAUGCCAGCAACGCAUACUUCAUCGAGGAGGAUCCGCGGCAUUUCGACGCCAGCUUUUUUAGCAUCCCGCCGCGCGAAGCGGAGUCAAUCGAUCCGCAACAGAGGCUUCUGCUUGAGACGGUGUACGAAGCCAUGGAAAAUGCAGGACUUACUCUGCAGGGAAUGAGAGGCAGCAAAACUUCAGCCUACAUGGGCGCCAUGUCGGCCGAUUACACGGAUACCCAGCUACGAGACAUCGAGAACGUCUCCAAGUACAUGAUUACCGGAACAUCUCGCGCCCUCCUGUCCAAUAGGCUCUCCUAUUUUUUCGACUGGAAGGGUCCAUCUAUCAGCGUUGACACAGCCUGCUCGUCGAGUCUGGCAGCCGUGCAUCUUGGUGUCCAGGCCUUACGUGCCGGCGAGUGUAAAAUCUCUUGCGUGGGCGGCUCGAAUAUCAUUCUCAAUGCAGACUGCUACCUUGCCGCGACAAGUCUUCAUUUGCUUUCGCCCACCGGACGGUCGCAAAUGUGGGAUGUAGCUGCUGACGGCUACGCGCGUGGAGAGGGCGUUUGCGUCUUCUUCAUGAAGACAUUGUCCCAGGCGUUACGCGACGGAGAUCGGAUUGACGCGCUCCUCCGAGAAACAUGUGUCAACUCCGAUGGGCGAACACAGGGUAUCGCGUUACCUAGUGCUGAGGCCCAAGUUUCACUCAUGAGAACUGCGUACAAAAAUGCCGGCCUCGACCUCACGAAGGCAGAGGACCUCCCACAAUACAUUGAAGCACACGGCAAGUCACAAGUAUGCAGAACCUCUUGGCAGUCAAGAGAAGCAUUCGCUAUUGCUACCACGUUCUUCCCGCCCGAACAGGACCACAGUAAUAGACCAAAGCUCGUUGUUGGGUCAAUAAAGACUGUCAUUGGUCACACCGAAGGAUGCGCCGGCAUCGCAGGAAUCUUGAAGACUGUCCUCGCUUUGAGGCACAGAGCCAUCCCACCAAACCAACAUUUCCACAACCUCAACCCCAGUGUGAAGCCCUCUUUCAAAUAUCUUUCAGUGGCUACAUCACCGCAAGCCUGGCCAGCGUUGCCUGUCGAUACACCGCUGCGAGCAAGUGUCAACGGGUUCGGCUCAGGCGGCACUAACUGCCAUGCCAUUGUCGAAAGCUAUGGGCCCAAAAUCCACGACAAUGGCCCAUGGGGGAAUCCAGAGAAGCUUCGCCGGACUUCAAACUCCAUUCCCCCACCUGAUGUCGACUUCUCCCCAAUACCACUACUCUUUUCGGCAGGCUCAGGAACGGCCCUGCGUGCGAUGCUUGAGAGGUAUGAAGAGUACCUAGAUAGGAACGACGUGUCUAUUGGACGUUUGGCCAUGACUCUGAACUCUUAUCGGUCGACGUUGCCAGUGAGGAUCUCUAUUCCCGGAACGUCGAAAGCAAGCACUCUCGAAGUGAUACGGUCGCAGCUUGCAAAAGUUCGUUCAAGCCCUGGCGUGGAGAUUGGCACCAGAUCCUCUAUCCCAGAGUUUGACCAUAACAAACGUCCUAAGAUCCUGGGUGUCUUCACUGGCCAAGGAGCUCAAUGGGCAGGUAUGGGCCAAGGUCUUAUGGAGAAGAGCGCGCUUUUCAAGGAAGCCAUUAAGGUGAUGGAAGUUGCAAUGUCGCAACUGCCCGAUGGCCCGGCUUGGUCUCUGGAAGAGGAAAUCAUGAAGCCGCCCAAAACAUCGCGGCUGGGCGAAGCUGAGAUUUCCCUACCCGUCUGCGCAGCACUUCAAGUUGGCCUCGUCAAAGUACUGCAGAGUGCAGGAAUCAACUUUAGCAUGGUCGUCGGCCAUUCUGGUGGGGAGAUUGGUUCUGCCUAUGCGGCAGGCAAAAUUAACGAGAUUGAUGCCAUCAAGAUUGCAUACUACCGUGGAGUCUACACCAAGCUCGCCAUUGGGAAAGAUGGGAAGAAGGGCGGCAUGAUUGCGGUAGGAUUCGGUUACGAAGAAGGACUCAACUUUUGUGCGCUCGAGCAAUUCGCCGACCGUCUCACGGUAGCUGCCAGUAACUCGCCUAAGAGGACGCUCUCUGGAGAUCUAGAUGCAGUUCACGAGGCAAAAGAAAUGUUAGAUGCCGAGGGCUUGUUCAAUCGUGUUCUUCGGCUCAACACAGCCUAUCAUUCCCAUCACAUGUACCCUUGCGCUGCGCCAUAUCUGGCUGCCAUCGAGCGAUGCGGCCUUGUAGCUGGCAAAUCCAACCAAACUGCCUGGGCUUCCAGCGUGUAUGAAGAUAACAGAAUGAUCACACCUGUCCAGGAUGCAGAUAUGGAGGCAGCUUACUGGAAAGACAAUCUGAUUGGAAGAGUCUUGUUUUCGCAAGCUGUGGAGCGCGCAAUGGACGAGACAAAUGGAGAUUUUGAUCUCGCGCUCGAAGUUGGACCGCAUCCUUCACUCAAAGGACCCACCCUGGAAACAAUCAGACACAAGCUUGGGUCCGAAAUCCCUUACUCCGGCAUUCUGGAUCGCAAAUCCGAUGACAUAUCGGCGUUGGGCACUGCACUCGGAUUCACCUGGCUGACAUUGGGGUGUGGUGUUGUUGACUUCACGGGAUACGCGUCUGCAUUUGACCCAAGCAUUGCCUCUAUCUUAAAAGCCCCUCCUUUGCCUGACCUACCUACGUAUCCUUGGGAUCAUAAAAAGGUGUUAUAUCGCGAAUCACGACUCAACAGGAAUGUCCGCAACCGAGCCGAUCCACCCAACGCGCUUCUGGGCAGCAGAACUCCAGACGAUACGGAGUAUGAGCCCAGAUGGCGAAACUUUUUCAUUAUGGACGAGCUACCCUGGCUUCGAGAUUACUGUGUCCAGAAUCAGAUUAUUGUACCGGCAGCUACGUACUGUGUGAUGGCCCUUGAGGCUGCCAAGGUCCUUUGCCGGGGCAAGAAUGUACACAGUAUCGAGUUGGUCAAUGUGGCUAUAUUGCGCCCAAUCGUCCUAGACGAAGCAUCCGACGGCACAGAAACUUUGUUUUCUGUCCGCAGCAAUCUUGACUCGAAUAAAAGCGAUGGCGAGAUUUAUGCACAAUUCAGUCUCAGUGUCGGUGCAAUGGAUGACAGCCAUUUGAGAACCGCUGCCACUGGGGAGAUACAAAUCACUGUUGCCGACCGUGGAGCUGACUUGGAAUUACCAGAGUUCCCCAAUCGACAGCAACAAGAUGAGUCCGAUCUGUUGCCGACCAGCAUCGAUCGGUUUUCCGUAUACCUUAUUCGGCAAGUUGGUAACACUUCUGAUAUUUGA